AUUGGUUGUAUUUAGGGGGAAGAAAUCAGGUACCUAAUUGUACGUCAGGGAGUAACAAAGUGACAACAAGGGAAUAGGUACCUUCCCCCAGAUUAUGGAAGUUAUCAGAGUACGGAGCAAAUGUUAUCCUUCCAUGACCCCCCGAGUUUCACCACCGGCUACCGUGCACCCGAACCCGAACAUUUGCUCAUCUACACCCAUCUACGGAUUACGCCCACCUACAUCUACGCUAUUCAAGCUUACUGAGAUACUACCUAAAUAAGUUACCCACUUUUUGUAUUCUCACCAUCACCUAUCGCCUCAUUCACACCUUUCCCUGCGUUGUCCAAUGGCGCCAACACAACUUCCGGCUUCCGGAAAUCCUCUGGUUUUCUUUGACGUUACGCUCGGAGGCGAACCUCUCGGACGGAUCACCUUUGAGCUCUUCAAAGAUACUGUGCCUCGCACCGCGGAGAACUUUCGCCAGUUCUGCACCGGCGAGUCCAAGAACAGUCGCGGCCAGAGUCAGGGCUACAAGGGAAGCAAGUUCCACAGAAUCAUCAGCAAUUUUAUGAUUCAAGGCGGAGACUUUCUCAACGGCGACGGAACCGGCAGCACCUGUAUCUACGGCACCAAACAGUUUCAAGAUGAAAACUUCGACUUGAAACAUACCCAGAAGGGACUUCUUUCCAUGGCUAACUCGGGUCCGCACACCAAUGGGUCUCAGUUCUUCAUUACCACCGUACCUACUCCUCACCUCGACGGGAAACACGUCGUCUUUGGAAAAGUCGUCGACGGCCUCGACGUCGUGGAGAAGAUGGAAAAAACGAAGACUGGCAGACGUGGACGAGAUAUACCAGACAUGGACGUGGUCAUUGCCCAAUGUGGUGAGAUGUAAAUGUCGCUAUCUAGGAUGAUAAGGGUUCUUGUGCUACCAUAAUACCUUAGGUAGACGAAUAAUCACAGCCGGUAGGUAUUGUUCAUUGCAUAAAUUAUAGUAAUACCGACAGUCUAUUGACGCAGCGU